AUGAAACUUUAUUUACACAUAUAUAUUUUUUUAAGCUUCCUUUAUAAUAGUUCUGGUGAUAACAAUUAUGAAGAUUACGAAAGUGGAUCAGAAAAUGAAAAUGAAGAACAAGUGUUGAGUAUUGGUAAAGAAUUUGACUUAUGGGAGGAAGUUAAUAGAUUUUUUGAUGAAUAUAUAUUAUCAAAAGGUUUUGCUAUAAGAAAAUGCAGAGGAGAUUAUAUUACUUUAGAGAAUGGUUCACAAUGCCUUGUUAGAAAAACUUACUCAUGUACUUUUUCAGUUUAUAAUACAAUAUACAAAUCAAUUGAUGAAAAAAUUCAGAAUUAUUUGUUGCCUAAUAUUCGUAUUCUGAUUUCUGAAAGUUUCUUAUAUAUAGCUCAACAAUUUGAUGGCAACCUUGAAGAAUAUAUUAAUUUACAGGGUGAAAUUGACAAUAUAACCAAAGGAUAUCUUGAAGAAAUGUAUAAAAAACUGCAAAUUAACUUGAAAACAUUAUUGGAAUAUGUAGAACAGCAAUAUAUUACAUCUUUGUGGAUUAUUAGACCUAUGGUUUCAAAUUGGAAUCAUCAUAUUUUGAUCUUAAAUGAUGGAUCUUUUUUAUUCACAUGCUUCACAAUUAUUAACUUCGGAAUACCUUGUCGACAUUUUUUUUGUUUAAUGAGAUAUAUAAGUAAUGCACAAUUUGCAAUAACCUUAAUUAAUCGUAGAUGGUUUAAUAAUGAUAAAGUUUUUGAUUCAACAAUAGAUACUUUAAUAACAAAAUCAAUUAGUAUCGUCCAGGAAGAAUCUUAUAUUAAUAAUCCGAUAAUACCAAAGUGUCAGAUUUUAAGUACAUUAAGAGGACAACUUAUUGAUACAGAACUGGUAAAAAAAUUAUCAAAACAAAAACAGCAAUUUAUUGAGGGACAUGAGUGUGUAACAAAAGCAUUAAAUUUAGCAAUUAAAACUGAUUCUGUUGAUGAAUUAAUUGGGCUAUGUAAUAGGUUUAUGUCUUCUCAUAUUCAUCUUAAUAUUCAACAAACUAAUGGAAUAUAUCAAAAUGAUCCCAAUUAUAUUCCAAAUCCAAUUGUAUAUAAAGUUCGUGGACGUCCACCUAAAAGACUGAAAAGUGCAGUGGAAAUUUCUAGAAAUAAAAGGCCUUUUAAAGAACUUACGAAUAUAAAUCAAACUGAUGAACAAAAUGCAGAAACAAGUACAGCUGCAGCUAAAGUAAAUCUUCAUUGUGAACAGCGAAAAUGUAAAAAAUGUGGGCAAUUAGGAUGGACUAAAUUUGUUUUUGAGAACAGACUAACAGACUUGAAUGAGCUGAAUUUUCAGUCUUUGAGGAUGCCAGAUCUGUAUGAACCAGACUUUGAGCGUCAGAAUUGAAUGAACCAGAUUUUUGAGGUAAUUUAAGGGUAGAGUGUAUUUACGCCACAACAUAUAUACAAUAGUAGACUAAAAAAUGUAGAUCAUCACGUGACCACGAAACGAGCAAAAGCAGACGAAAAAUUUAUGAUUUCUCACAAACUACCAUAUGAAUUUUGUUAAAUACACAUUUAAAAAGAGUAUACACACGCACUUCAUUUUAUUUAUUAAAAUAUUUAAUCAUUUGCUAUUAGUCUUUUUGAGUGUAUUUGGACUUUUAAAAGCAAAUAUGACCAAUAAUAAAAAAAUAAAAUGGUAUU